AUGAUACUCAGAAAUGCCGCCAUCCGGCAUGGCCGGAGAGCAUUGGCAUCUCCUGUCAAGGGGGCUUGCCUUCGAUGCCUCUCGACCGAGCCGACGACGCCCGCAUCACCGACGCCUCCUCCCCAGAGCGAACCAGCUUCAUCAUCCCAAAGUCAAUCAACGACGGCUGCGCCCUACUACAACAGCACGAUCCCGCCGAGAUGGGGCACACGCGCCGCGACCGCCCCGGACACGAUAGCACAGGACUAUGUCGCCAUGACGAAGCUGCAAAAGAAGACGUCGAAGCUAGGAUCCAUGGUUGAACAGCGCUACAGGCCGGGCGAUCUCCUCAAGAACCCCCCGGCACCCAAGGACAUCACCCUCGAACUGCUGAUGGCGUCGCAGACGCACAUGGGGCACAACACCUCCUUAUGGAAUCCGGCCAACUCUCGCUACAUCUACGGCGUGCGCCAGGGCAUCCAUAUCAUCAGCCUCGAGCAGACGGCGGCGUACCUGCGCCGCGCGGCGAGGGUGGUGGAGGAGGUGGCCUACCACGGCGGCCUGAUCCUCUUUGUCGGCACGCGCAAGGGCCAGAUGGAGAUCGUCGUCAAGGCGGCCGAGCUCGCCAGCGCCUGCCACCUCUUCACCAAGUGGACGCCGGGCACCAUCACCAACCGCGACCAGAUCCUGGCCAGCGGCGCGCUGAGGGUCGUGGAUGAGCAGGACCGCGAGCUGCAAGGGUUCGACAGCCACCUGCAGGAGAGGCGGCCUCUGGUGCCGGACCUGGUGGUCGUGCUGAACCCGCUCGAGAACUUUGUGCUCCUGCACGAGUGUGCUGCGGCCAACAUCCCCACGAUCGGUGUGAUUGAUACGGACGCCGACCCGACCCGGGUUACGUAUUCCAUCCCCGCCAACGAUGACAGCUUGCGAUCGGUUGCUGUCAUUGCGGGCGUCCUGGGACGGGCUGGUGAGAUUGGCCAGAAGAGGAGAGUGCAGGAUGCCAAGAACGGGGUCGUAAGCUGGCAGACCCCGGCAGACGUGGCUAGAUACAUGGAGAUUGAGACAGCUCGCCAGAAGGAGGAGGAGUCCCGCCUCGAAAGGGAUGCUGCGGUGCAGAGCAGGAGGGAAGAAGACCGGUUACAAGCUCAGGAGGCCUUGAAAAUGGCGUGA